AUGGCUGUCAGCUGGGCGUCGCGCAAGCAAGGCGGCGUGACACUCUCGACCAUGGAGGCCGAGUUUGUGGCCGCGUCGGAGACUGCACGAGAACUUCUCGGCAUUCGAGAGAUGCUCGGUGAGGUGGGCAUGGCACCUGAGCUGCCCAUGACGCUUCAUGUUGACAACCAAGCAGCGAUACGACAGCUCGACGGCGAAGCGACAUCGAUGAAGGCAAAGCACAUCGACGUGCGAGUCAAGUUUGAGUGCGAUUUCGUGCGUCGUGGCGUGAUCAAGGCUCAAUACGUCCACACAGACGAACAGCUUGCCGACGCACUGACAAAAGCCCUCGACGCGCCAAAGCUCGCAGCGAUGAGAAAGCUCCUCAGUGUGGCGUAG